ACUUUUUAUACACAACUAAAGCCUAUAGUAAUGACUUGAAAAACAGCCCAAAUGUCAUACAAACCCAUAUGAGUUGUAAAUGCAUUGAAUAUACGACAGUAUUUUUAUAGCAUUUAUUUGUAUGACAACAAUGUUUCCAUCGUUUUCAUGGAUUAUCACCACUUUAUUUACCGUUUAUAUUUUGCAUUCAAUGCAUACCAUCUAUAAGUUGUAUAAUCCGGAAGAAUGCAAUCCAAAGACCGAUCACUGUUUGGAUCCGUCUUACACUCGCAAUGACAUCUUUACUAUAUUUCUCUGCACAUCACUCGAUGAACAUCCGUUGGCUAAAGACAUGACUUGUAUUCAUCAAAAUAAUGACUUUUCAUUAAUCAAAGAACAAAAACUUUCCCUAUCUGUGUCACUGCCGGCACAGACACUACGGAACGGUUCACUGUAUUUGCACGCAGUAUUGACACCUUUAAAGAGAGAUAAGUUAAGUCGUGAAAUAAUUUUGCACAGAAGCACAUCCACUGCCACCAUAACAGUGACUAAAUAUGCCAUAAAAGAAAGCGAAACAUUUAAUUUACUGAACGCACCGAAAAUACAGUCAAAAGUGUCUGAAAGGAAAGGAAAAACUCGUGACAAUCGUGUGGUCACUCAUUGGAAACCAAAGAUUACUUUGAAUAUCAUUUCAGAACCGAUUUCAUUGUCUCGGAGAGCACUUCCUGGAGAGAUCACUCAUCUCUUAAAACUCAAUGAAAGGACUCAAUAUUUACCGAUUUUAUACAUUAGUGAAUUGAGACAAAGGGUUAAAGAUUUAUGGCCUGUAAACUCGUCUCAUCCGGUGCUGCCAUUGGAAGUGGUUUACGAACCGACUGCUAUCGGAAAACUAAGAUUUAUGUUAAUAAUAGAGUCUUCACUGAAUUCAAUGCAUAAAAUGGGUUUCACUGAAUCCGAUUCCGAUGACAUCAAAGGAAUAUUCUUUGACACAAAUAUUUAUUUAUUGCUUUUAACUAUUUUUAUUACAUCAUUUCAUGUUUUAUUUGAUUUCUUGGCGUUUAAAAAUGAUAUCCAGUUUUGGAGACAACGAAAGUCUAUGGAAGGCCUAUCCUUUAGUUCAUUGUUGUGGAGAUGUGUCUCACAAUUUGUGAUAACAUUAUAUUUAAUGGAAAACAAAACUUCAUAUUUAGUAUUAAUUCCGUCGGCUAUCGGAACUGUGAUAGAGUUGUGGAAACUAAAGAAGGCCUUAAAGAUUGAAAUAAAAGGUUUUAAAGUAUUUUUCAAAUCUCGUACUGAAGCUGAGUUGAAGACUGAUUCCUAUGAUUCGACUUUUAUGAAAUACUUGUCAAUAUAUGUAUUGACACCUCUGGUCAUCGGAGGUGCCAUAUAUUCAAUAGUUUAUACACAACACAAGUCCUGGUAUUCAUGGUUGAUCCAAAGCGCUGCUAACGGUGUUUAUGCGUUUGGUUUCUUGUUUAUGUUACCACAACUUUUCAUAAAUUAUAAGAUGAAAUCAGUGGCUCACUUGCCGUGGAAGGCAUUCAUGUAUAAAGCUUUCAAUACUUUUAUUGACGACUUGUUUGCAUUCCUCAUAACAUCGAUUCCUACGGCACACAGAGUGGCGGCUUUUCGCGAUGACGUUGUCUUUAUUAUAUAUCUUUAUCAGCGAUGGCUAUACCCGGUCGACAAAAAUCGAGUUAAUGAAUAUGGAGAGACCACUGAAGAGAAAAAAACUAAGUAAUUACA